AUGACAACCGUACUCAACUGGCUCGCGAAUUUUCAUGGAACAUUCUGGGGUUUCCAUCGCAAUACUGGGAUACAGAAAUAUUUAGUUCCUCCACCCUUGGAAUAUCAGGGUGGUCAAGUCUCAGGAAUAUGGAGCCAAGGAACGUAUUGGUAUUUGGACACCCGACGAGAGGAGCAUCAGAGUGUUGAUGAAGACGAAUACGGCUGGCUGUUGAAAUGGACUGACAAAGUGGACAGGAGUAUGAAAGAAGAAACAAACAAGUGGGGUACACUUUUACAUGGGGAUGUUAAAGGAGCGAACAUUGUCUUCUCAGCAGACUCCGGAGGAUCACGACGCUGCGCCCUUUACGACUUUCAAUAUGCAGGACUUGGUUUGGUAACACGGGAUCUCGUGUAUUUCAUCGGCACGACGGCGCAAUCAGCAUCAAUUCGACGUAUCGAGCAAGAAAAAGAAAUUCUACGAGCGUAUCAUUCCGAACUUCUUCGAACGAUUGCAAGUCGGCAGAAUCAUGAUCAAACAACUGGCAACUCUACUGUGGGAAGCAGAAGUGACUCUGAGGGGUACACGUUCCCAACCUUAUGGAGGCAUUGGGAAAUAGCCAUUGUAGACUGGUAUCGAUUUAUGGCUGGUUGGGGAUUUUGGGGGAAUGAUUCGUGGGUCGAGCGUCGAGCUAAGGAGAUAGUAUUGGGAUGGGACGAGCACACGCUCACUAUUUGA